AUGCCCAACGAAACUCUACAAUUCCGCAUCGCCACCCCAGAUGAUGCAGCACAGCUCCAAAACCUGGUGCAAUGCGCAUUUCGCGCCGAAGACACCAGAGACAGGUGGACGGGGAGCAUGGAGCUCGCGUCUCAAUUCCACAUCGGAGUCGAAGAGGUGAUGGCCAACAUCACCAACCCUGACUGCGUGGUCCUCAUGGCCACUGACAACAAUGGCGCUCUUGUGGCCUCGGUCGAAACAUUCAGACGCAGCGCUGUCCUCGCGCGGCUCUCCAUGCUCGCGGUGGACCAGAACCACCAGCGCGGCGGCCUGGGGCGCCAGGUCCUCGCCUAUGCUGAGGAUUACUGUCAACGCACCUGGGGCAUAAAGAGGCUUGGGCUGAACGCCCUUUCGACGCGCCAGGAGCUAAUUUCGUGGUACAUGCGCUGCGGGUUCCAGAAGACGGGGGAGACAUCUGCUUUCCCGCGCGACCGCUUCGCGGGCCUGGCUUUGCCAGAAGACUUAUGUUUUGUGGAACUGGAGAAGGAUCUGAUUCCCGUGGGUGAACAGUAA